AUGAACCAGACAAAGGUCACCGGGGAGGAUAAACCCACAGCAAGAGGAGCGGAAUCAGUUGGAGCAUCACAGUCGGAUGCUACCAUCAGUGGAAUGAAUGAGCAGGAUAAAAACGUGAACCUGGCUCAAAUGGAAAUGGAAAAGACAAAGGUCACCGAAGAAGAACUCGUUGAACUGGGACUGGAUGACCUUUCACUGAUCGAUAAAACCGCAGGUGAUGACCUUUGGGCAACUCCAAUGGUCUCAGAUGAAUCGAAUGAAUCAUACUUCACGGAUGAUGAAGCGACGAUGAAUAUGUCCUUCCAGACUGCGAUGAAGGAAGCUGACCGUGUUGAAGGGAUGACACCAUUCAAGGACAUACCCGAGCACCUUAUUGAACGGACACAAAUGGGAAAGGUCAUCAAUGUUAGAUCGCCAUCACCGAACAGUCCCACAACGACUUUGAGGACUCGGGUGAGAGAGUUGGAAGACGAACUCGAGGCCAAGGAAAGUCAGGCAACGAAACGAACGAGAGAAAACCGGGAAAAACUGUCGUCGCUGGAAGCCCGAAUAUACGUAUUAGAACAACAACAGGUAGACUUGGAAAGCGCGGCGGACGAAUGGAAAAUCAAAUACGAACGUCAAAGAGAACUCGCGGAAGAAUACUUGAAGAUGGUGGAUGACAGAGAAAUGGAAGGUCAUCUUGCAGUCAGUGACCUUAACGAAAGUAUGUCCGAAGAAACAGCGGAAAGGUCACGACACUUAGCGGAACUGAAGGACGAAUGUGACUCACUGAAACUAAAGGUCACUGAAGCCGAAACGAAAAGAGAUGAAUACGCAACCAAACUCGCCGAUGCUACUCAGCGGUUGUUGACAAACACUACUGAAGUCUUCAAGCUCAGGAAUGACCUGAAGCUCCGUGACGAGAAUAUCGAGACCCUCCAGAAGGAGUCAUACGAUCACCAGAGAAGGGCUGAUGAAGCCGCUAAGGUGGCAAAGGACUUGCGAGAUCAAACAGCCACCGAAGGUGUACGGUUGAAUAACGAAAUAAGACAGAUGAUGCAAGAGAAUAAGGUGUUGAAGGAGGACAACAGAAAGGUCACCGAUGAGAUCAAAGAGUUGAAGGAAGCCGCCAAGACAAUUGCAGAACGAGGCGCGAGGUGGGAACAUGAGGCACACCUCUUGGAUGAAAAGGUCACGGUCCUUGAACUGAAAGAUAAAGAAUGGCAACAAAUGGUACAUCAGAAAACACAGGAGAUCAUCAGACUCAACACGGAGCUGAUCGAUAUGACCCAAACGGCAAUGACGAGGGAAGAUGAGGUCACCCGUACAAAAAACCAGCUGAAAAUAGCAGCUGAGGAAUACACGACGUUGGAAAGGGAUGUGACCCAGUUGGCGGAACACAUUAAGAGGAUGGAGAAUGAUACUGAAAAAGUCAUCCAGGAGAAGACCUUCCAACUCCAUCAGCACAUGCUAAAGGUCAACGAGGAGAAUCAGAAUUUGAAAACGGAAAAAGAGGAAUUCCAGUUGAAAGUCCGUCGCCUGGAAGACGAGAAUAAGGCGCUCAACAUGUCGAAUAAACACAAAGACGAACAACUGCUGCAAUAUGGAGGCGACGGGACAGACCCCCCAGCCGGCAGGAGCGUCCAAGGAAAUCCCGUUAUGGAAAAGCGAAACGAAAUCAAAGCGAUGAUGGAAGUAGUGAAGAAGACGAUGACCAGGGAGCAGAAAAUACAGCGGUGCAAUUGA